AACAAAAGCACAUGUUCGGCUUUCAUAGUCAUGUCUUGCAAUGAAAGCAAACUUUGAUGAAGAAUGAUCUAAUUCUGGGGAAUUUAAGAACAUUGAAACUAGCAAAAUCAACGUUAUGCUUUGAAGGGGGAGGGGUAUAAAAUAUGUGCAGUGGGAACGCUUAAAUUUAGAAUUCACAUUUUCAAGAGCGUUAUAAUUGUGCCUGUGUAUUUAAGGUCAUUCUCGGGAUUCUGAUAGCACCGUUUGUUAUACUUUUGAGUAAGUGAAGCUAGCAUUUUCUAGACAACUCUGUAUGUGGCACGAUGAUGAUAGAUAAUUUAAUGGAUAUGCAUCAAACUCAAAGAUACAUGAGUGAAGAUGAUGGACCUGGGAAACAACAGCAAUAAUGCGAAUGUAACUUUAGUUAAACUCAAUCUAGAGGGAUUCGAUGAUGAUGCGUCAAAAGAGGGCAUUGCUGUCGAAUCAUCGUUUACGUCCGCAGACAACAGUUUGGUGAUGCCGCCUACGAUGUCAGACCUAGCUACAGUGGGGUUGCAGCAGACCCCGGAUGUGGAUGCAGUAGCCCCUGCAGAGAAGAAAAAGGGAGGUUGGCCCAAGGGCAAGAAGAGGAAGAAGAUGCGAGACUCCAACGCACCGAAACCAGCGCUGAACGGGUACCUGCACUUCUUAAAUGAACGGAGGGAGAUCUUGCGUCGUGAAAACCCUACCAUGGCCUUUGCUGAGAUGAUACGAGUUCUGGGGGCAGAGUGGACCAAGUUACCCCAGCAUGAGAAGCAGAGAUUUCUAGACGAAGCAGAAAAAGACAAGGAGCGGUAUAAUCGGGAGAUGGAGGCCUACCAGAAAACGGAAGCCUAUAAACUGUUUAAAUCGCAGAAAGAAAAGAAAAUGAGAGAAAUGGAAGCUCAAGGUAGCUCAUUAGAGUUGAUGGGAGAGAGAGAUGAGGAUGAAAAGGGAGCAUUCGACAUUCCAAUCUUCACCGAAGAGUUCCUGGAUCACAACAAAGGCAGGGAGGGUGAACUCAGACAGCUAAGAAAACAGACUACUGAGCUGGAGGAACAGAACGCGAUUCUCAGUAAACACAUUGAGAGCAUGAAGCACGCCAUUGAGAAGCUGGAUAUUGAAGCCGUGCAGCAGCGGAGCACCAACAUCGCGCUACAAGGUCACCUAGACAACCUCCGCACAACGCUGACCGACAGCUUCCACUCCAUCCGGUUACCAGGAACGAAUGAAGUGCCAACAUUGGAUACAAUAGAUAAUUACAUGACUAAACUACACAACCUGAUCUUAGAUUCUCCUCAGGAACACGAGGGACUCAUUGCCAUGGUGAGGGACAUCAUAGGACGGCUAAACAUAGAUGGGACCCUGUGGUGAGUAAAGGAAAUUGUUAUGGUAGUGGUAAGGAGCCACAGAUAUAUAGACUGUGUCACUGAGUGCUUUAGAUCUUGUGAUCUACAGGGAGUUAGAUAUGUAUUUCAACUGUUUAGUGUUUAGAAUCUCCUUAAACUCGAUGAUUUGAUAUUUCAUAUUAUUAUGUGAUUUAAAGGACACAUCUCGUGUUUUCAAAGUAUACAGAAUUAUAUGCAUUUUGUCUUCCUUAUGCUUAUAGAAAUUAAUUGUAAUAGUUCGUUCGCUGAAGUAUUGCGAUAAUUAGCCACAAUACGAACUUAAAUCUAAGCCCCGAUUUCAAAAAGCCUAGUUAAUUAGAUAGGUAGUCACGUGGUACAGUGACGUCAUAUGCGACCUUCGUCGAUCAACUUGUUGUAAAAGUAGUGUUAGAUAUUUUUAAAAACUCGGGUUUUAGGGGCCUAAUUUAUUUACCAUGGAUAACAUUUAUUUCGAUGUUGACAAAUUUCCCGAGUCUUAUAUCUUUUAGCCACCAGUGCAUACAAAUAGCGACCCAAAUGUAGCGAGAAAAGCGAGUAUGAAAUCUGCAUAAAUUUUCGAGUAAAUAAUGUUUACAUGGGAUCACUGUCUAAACACAAUUUGGUAAUGCCAUUUCUGUAAACAACUGUAAUUAGCGUUGUUGCUUUUCUGAAAUAAACAGUGCAAUUAUUAUUAAAUUUAUUUUUGGAGAAGUUAGAUAGGCCUAAAUUAUGAUACGAUUAUGUAUCAUUGACAACUAGGCCUACUGCCACGGGUGCAUUUCGAAAAAAAAAAAAUAAUAAUGAUCAAACUUAAUUUGAAAAUCACAAUACUUUUAAAUUAUUUUAUUAAAUCAAUUUUAUUAGGCCUAAUCAUUAUUUUUUGUUAUCAACACGUUGUUACUUAGGAAGUGGGAGCGCGGCGUGCUGUUGUUGUAAACACGUACGCGUUCCUUAAAAAAAAUGAAAGCAUUAUAAUUCAAUUCAAAGUCGGGAAAUAUUAUAUUUUAUUAUUUAUAAUUGAAAGUUCAAUUAUCUUUUAUCUUUAAAUUUCUCUUUUUUAAAACUACCAGUUGGUAGACACUGCAAGCAAAGUUCUGCCUAUAUGUUGUUACAAGGUGAAGGUCAGUUGGUGCGAGUGUGUAUUGAAUUCGAGAGCAGAACGGAAAGCAUAUGCCGUAGGCCUAUAUGUAACAGUGCGUAGCUUCGAUAGAACCAUUUUCUCGCAGUUUAUCUACGUAUCUAGUAUACAUGUAUGAUAAUUGGUUCAGAUCUCAGGAUGGGGAUUUGUGCAGAGCUCAUGAUAGUUAUAUAUAGUUCAGACCUCAGGAUAGUUAUAUAUAUAGUUCAAACCUCAGGGCAGAGCUCAGGAUAGAGUUAUAUAUAAUUCAAACCUCAGGGCAGAGCUCAAGAUAAAGUUAUAUAUAGGAGGCUUAGACCUCAUGAUAGAGUUAUAUAUAGAAGGUUUAGACCUCAGGGUAGGGUUUUAUAUAGAAGGUUCAAAGUUCAGGGUGGGGUUACAUACAGGAAGUUCAUACCUCAGUCUCGGAAGAGUAUAUAAAAAAAAAAAAUUAUCACUGUCAGCAUGACCAGUGAGGGCCUGUUACAAUCUCUACCCAGAGUUAUCGUUCCUGCUAUGCUCCACUAAUAUCUCUGUCAAGGUCUAAAAAUCAUAUCAAACCGUACUAAAACUAACUUAGCAUACCAAACUGUAAUGAUCAUAUCUAAGCAAAUCAAACACUUGUCUGAAUUUUAUAAACACAGAAGCUGGUAAAUAUAAGACACCUGAGCGAAUUUAAAGGUUUUAUAUUAGCAACCACCACCCAUUUUUUAAAAAUUACCCAAAUCAAUAAAAAUCAGGUGUAAUUACCAAUUUUGAGUAUGCUGAUUUCAAAUCUGGAUUCCUUUUACUCCAAUUUCUUAUAGAAAAUGAGAUAUAGUGUCUCAAACACCCCUACCGUCAGGUUGCCAAAAACGGAAAAUAUUUCAUUUCGCAUCAAAAAGUGACCCAACUUUAUUUCUUGAAACACCAUUACCCAAAACAAUAAAAAGCAGGUGUAAUUACCAAUUUUGAGUAUGCUGAAUCCAAUUCUGGAUUCCUUUUACGCCACUUCCUUACAGAAAAUGAGGUAUAGGGCCUUAAACACCCCUACCGUCAGGUUGUCAAAAAUUGAAAA